AUGUUUUCCAAAACAAACGUUUCUGAAUGUGAGAGAUAUAAUCCCGAUAACGUUUUUAAAAGAUUUAAAACCAUCGAAUUUCCAACAUCUUUCGUGGGAUUAUCGACAACAAAAGUUUUAGAUGUUGAAGUGGAUUUAAAUGUUUCAGCAUACCUAAAGACCAUGUUUGAUAAUAAGCUCAUGAAAUUUACUGAUGCUUGGGAAGUAUCUGCAUCUCAUAGAGCCUUUAAUAUACGUUCUAUAGACAAUCACACUAUAGCAAUAACUUUCAACCCCAAAAAUGGAAAGCGAUGCUGUAAUAAUGAAUUGCACUCGGAAGUGGGACGUUACUACAUUUGUGGAGAAUUUGAAUAUUGUACUCUCUCACAUUCUCCAGAUGUUGUAAAUUUCGGAAAUAUUUUCGUCAAUCAGAAAGUUACUAGACAUUUCCGUAUACGGAAUGAAUCUCGAGCAACAACAUCUAAAAUGAAAUAUGUCAGAAUAACUGGUUUUGAAGUUACCCCACAGAAAUUUACGAUCCCCCCCAAUUCAUCUAGGCAUUUAACAAUAGCGUUAAAACCAACAUGCUUGUUAUUGAAGAAAAAAAUAACCUUUGAAGUUCGGAACUGCCAUGAUAUCACUGAUGAAAUGGAGGAAGAGGAUGAAAAUUUCUUAACCUAUAUUAUAACAAUUGAAGCAAAAGUUUCUUAUAAUAAAAAUCCAAAAGAAGUAUUGGUAGAAUCAUUACACAAGUUAAAAGAAAAUCUUACCAAGUAUACAUAUUUGAAUGAAGAACUCAAAACACAUAAUAAAAGGAAAGAUAUCGCUCAAACAUAUCUUGCAAUAUCUAAAAAAUCGCAUUUCAAAAAAACAAUUACAGAGAAAUUUAGUACUGGAAAAGACAAAUGCGUGUAUAGCAGUACUACAGAAAUAAGGAAAUCAGGAUCUCAGUUCUGUAAAAAUAUUCCGGUAAAAAUUACUACGUAUCAACUGUUUGAUAUCUUAUUUACUCCUUUUGACCUCGAAUUUGGACGAAUUGGGUUAUCUACCUAUGGUGAAAAAGAUCUCACUAUCAAAAACAAUAGCAAAUACGAUAUUACUAUAAAGUUACUUAAAGAUGAUUGUGUACUUUAUACAGAAAAUAAGCUUAUAAACUUAUCCUUAAAAUUAAAAUCAAAAGCUGAAAUCAAAGUAGCAAUAUUUUGCUUGGGCAUAUUUGAAGGAAACUAUGCAGGUACUUUUGAAUAUGUAAUUGAUAAUAAAUACUACCGUAAACAUCCGUACCACCUUCAAGUAGGAAAUCCUACAUUAAUGGUAUUGGAUAAAUGUUUGAAAUUUGGAAUGGUGACUUCUGAAUAUUUUGUCACAUCUGUACCAGUCAAAAUAAUUAAUAAUUUCAACGUUGAUACUGUAUUUCGUUGGGAUGAAUUACAUCUCGAUGCACCUUUUGAAAUAAUUCCUAUGAACGGAAUCAUUCCAAAACAGUCUUGCAGGAUAUGUGACAUACUGUAUGUUAGUAAACCCACAAAAUCAAAAACUCAUGAGGUUGACUUAAUGACCGGAAGUAAAUUGGCAAAAACUAUCCCUCUUGAACUAAACGUGGUUACUCGGAAACUUUCAAUAAAAUUUUUGCAAACAGCUGUGACUUUCAAAGAUAUAGCUUUGAACAUAGAAACGAUGGAAAGAGUGAAAUUAGAAAAUUCUUCUCGAGAAAUUGCUUUUUUUUACAUUGUGGAACCCUUGAUACCAGGUUUUCGGAUUCAACCUAUGUCGGGAACAAUACGACCAAAAAUGGUUAUAACCUUUGAAAUUAUUGUGAAAAUAUCUUGCAUCUUAGAGUUCGCAUUUGAUGUGUAUGUUAAAAUUAAUAACAAAGAAAAUGUUAUUUUACCGGUUAAUGGAUUACUCGGUCCACCGGACUCUAAUUCUUUGUCAACGGAUAUUCGCAAUUACAUUGGAGAAUACGAACGAUCUUAUGACAAUAACCCUAAAGUUAAAUUAAAGACUGUGAGUAAAGACAUAGCAUACUGCCGUAUAACGGGUGUUAUUACAGUGCCAUGGAUAAAAUUUUCAGAAGAACAUUUUGAAAUUGAUCUGAAAACAAGUGCCAGUAGUAAUAUUAACUUUUCUAUGAAAAAUGUGUCUAAAUAUAGCAUAUAUGUAACAAUUUUAACCUCAAAAUUGGGUCCAAAUUUUUCAUUAGAUUUACAAACAGAAGAGAAUCAUUCAAUAAUAAAUGAAUCUAAUAUAAAAUUCGAGUUAGAUCAGCAAAAGGAAGCAUUAUUCACAUUAAAAUUUCAUCCUAAAGGUCAUGGAAAAUUUGUAACUACAGCAUUACUAUAUCUGGACAAACACAUGACAAUACCCUACCAUAAUCUUACCUUCAUUGGAAAACGGCAAACUCCGACUUUAACCCCUAGCACAUAUAGAAUUGUUUUUCCUCCAUGUUAUGUAAAUGAUGAAAUAUCUCGUACUAUCACAUUAAUAUUCGAAGAUAAUUCUGAUGAUGAAAGUUUUUCUUGUAUGUCGAAAGAAGAACCAAAUUUAGUAGUGGAAUUUCUCAAUUUUGAAAAUAUAGAAAAAGAGACAAAGAUACAAACAAUAGUCACAGUACAAAUAAAAGUUUGUUGCAAAACUACAUAUGCACGAAAAUUGGUUCUUUCCUUUAAUCACACUUGUGGAUCGGGGUGUGAUAUAGAAGUUUCUUUCUGUUUCACUUAUUGUCAGUUGACCCUACAUACACUUUCUAUAGUUAAGCCACAAGAUAAUCCAUAUCCAUAUUUUCCUCUUAAUUCACAAACUAAGUUGUAUGAUUACUUAGAUGCAAGUUCAAAAUUCCUAGAAAAAUGGAUGUUUCAACAAGGGUUCCGUAGAGAUCUAUAUCCAAUAAUACCUGACACAUUUCAUGCAAUUUCUGCAGCUAUUUCCUCGUCAUCGGCUGCCACAAAGAGUAAAGGAAUAAAUGUGUCCUAUUUAAAUUUUGUAAAAAGAAUUGCCGGUCCUCUUAUGAAACAUAUACGCAAAAUUGUGUAA